AUGGCAUCCAAGCUAUCACGACUCAAUGAGGCAUUGCUCGUCAAGGCCGUUGAUCACGAUGGCUUUCCACGCCCUGUUGACAUGCUCGAUAAUGACUCGAUCCGCCCGACACCAGUGAAGGAUCGCACAUGGUCACAACUCACAUAUAUCGUUUUCUGGUGGUCUGCCACUGCCAAUGUCAGCAACUUGUACUCUGCUUCUACAGGCAUGGCCAUGGGCCUCACCAUGUGGGAAGCUAUCGCCUGCUCCUUUGGGGGCCAAAUCCUAGCAGGCGCCUUAAUGGCUAUUAACGGACGAGGCGGUGCUAUGUAUCGAAUUCCAUUUCCAGUACUCUGUCGUUCGAGUUUUGGCUCAUGGGGUGCUAUGUGGCCGACAUUCAAUCGCGCGGCUAUGUCCAUUGUGUGGAACGGAGUCAAUUCUGUGCAAGGGGCACAGUGCUUGUAUGUCUUUCUUCACGCGAUAUUUCCGUCUAUCGCCAAUAUCCCAGACAAGAUGGGAUCCAAAUCGGCCUUGACUUCCGCGCAGAUGAUGUGCUUUUUUGUCUACUGGCUGAUAAACUGCGCAUUUCUCUUUGUGCCUGUCCCGAAAAUGAAGUCUCUUGUCUACGCCAAGGUCAUAGUCUACUUCAUUGCCACCUUAGCGAUGGUAGGAUGGACUGUAUCCCUGUCAGGGGGGUCAUCCGAGUUCCUGCGUACCCUGCACUCUCCUUCAACCGUUCAAGGCACAGAGAAGAGUUAUCUGAUCCUCAAAUUCUUCUUCUUGGGAACGGCGAGCUGUGGAACAUUUAUCUCCAAUGCGGCAGAUCUGCAGCGCUAUGCGCGAAAGCCGAAUGAUGUACUCAUCGGCCAGAUAAUUAGCUUUCCAGUGUCAAAUCUUCUUGUGGCUAUUCUGGGCAAUUUAAUUGCCGCGGCUAGCAAGUCAAUCUUUGGAGAGCUGAUUUGGAGCCCCCUGACCUUCUUGGACAAGUUGAUGGAAGGCGAGCGCUAUACCCAUGGUAAUCGAACAGCCUGCGCCUUUAUAUCACUGGCGUUUGUUUACUCCAAUGUCUUCUCUGCGAUAUUCGAGAACUCAAUUCCCGCUGGAAAUGACAUCGCUGCAUUGAUGCCUCGAUACAUCACGAUCAAGCGAGGAUUCCUCAUUUGCGCUGUGCUCUCCUAUGGAAUUUGUCCGUGGUAUCUUCUUUCCAGCGCCUCAAUCUUCAUCACCUUCCUGUCAUCCUACCAAAUCUUCCUGUCAGCCAUCACGGGUAUUUUAAUCUGCGAUUACUACCUCAUUCGCAGAGGCUAUCUCAACAUACCCGCGCUGUAUACCGCACACCCAGAAAGCCUCUAUCGGUACUUGCACGGAUUCAACCCACGGGCAUUCAUUGCAUAUAUAAUUGCAGUGGCCCCCAACUUCUACGGAUUUCUCCAUCAAAUGGGUGUCAAGGCACCGCUGGGCAUUCAGAGAUUUUAUUAUGUUGCGUACCCAACUGGUUUAUUGGUUGCGUUUGGUGUGUAUUAUCUUAGUUGCUUAGUCUCUGCGCCUAAGGGCAUGGAGAAGUCUGGGUGGAAAGAACCUCAGGAUUAUGUUGAUGACAAUGACUAUAUGAGGGAAGCGAUCUUUGUAAUUGAUGGUGACUCUGGGAUUGUUGAGAAGGGGGCCAUGGCUGCUUCGAGAGAGGUCUGA